AAAAACUUUCAUUCUCUCUCUCUCCUUCUCCUUCUCCUUCUUCUUUUCCUCUUCUAUCACAGAAAAACUCAAAUUUAGUCAAUCAAAUCAAAUCCCUCCUCUACCAGAUGUUGUUACUUUCUUCUUCCUCCUAAAUAUUUUGAUUUGAUUUUGAUUUUUGAUUUCUCUCCCCCGCCCCCGCCCCCGCCCUUUCAGAUCCCUAUUCCCAUGGCUUCUGGAUCUUACUGGUGUUACAGCUGUAGCCGAUUCGUUUGGGUUUCCGAUUCAAUCUCUUGCCCUGAUUGCGACGGUGGUUUCCUCGAACACAUCCAAGAAUCUCUCGAUUUCACUCCUUCCGAUUCAUUCCACCGCGUCACCACCACUGCUCAGCAUCGCAGCCCUACUCGUUUCCCUCUCCCUUCUUCCUCUUCUUCAUCUAUGCACGCUUCAACCGCCGACAACAGUCCCACCACUCCCACAACCGUGACUCGUACUCGGAGCAGCAACCGAUCUCCUAAUCCUGUUAUCGUCCUCCGUGGAUCUGGUGGUGGUGCUCCUUCUUCUGAUGUCUCCGAAGGUUUAGAUCGAUCUGCUUUUCAGAUGUAUUACGAUGACGGUACUGAUUCUGGUCUUAGACCUUUACCACCUAGUAUGACUGAGUUUUUGCUAGGUUCUGGAUUCGAUCGGUUGUUAGAUCAGAUCUCUCAGAUCGAGCUUAACACCAAUCGUAACAAUCGUUCUUGUGACCAUCCUCCCGCUUCUAAAUCGGCGAUCGAAGCUUUGCCUGUGAUCGAAAUCGAUCCUAAUCAUCUCCAGUCUGAUUCUCAAUCUCACUGCGCUGUUUGUAAAGAGAAUUUUGUUUUGAAAUCCUCGGCUCGUGAGAUGCCUUGUAACCACAUCUAUCAUCCUGAUUGUAUCCUUCCUUGGCUUGCGAUUCGAAACUCUUGUCCCGUUUGCCGUCACGAGCUUCCCCCGGCGGAGGAUACUAGUGAUGGAAACACCGGACCCGGUGGUGCUUUGACGGUUACCGCUUCGGCGGAGGAAGAGGAAGACUCCGCGGCGGGGCUGACGNGACGAUGGAACCUGUGUCUACAACUUUUGAUAUACACACUAGCCAGUAGCCAAUAG